GCCGCCGCCGCCGCGCAGCUCCCCCAAGCGCGUCCAGGACCCGCUGCGCCCCGCGCGCCAUCCCCGGACCUCGCGUGCGCCCCCCACGAGGAAAGUGUCCCCGCCGCUCGACCCGCCUCUCCGCCGGCUUCCUGCCGCCGUCGCCACCCCGGCGGGGGCCUGGGACCCGGGCUCAGGGAGCAAGCCAAGGCUGCGCCCGCCCGCCGCGCUGCGUGCCAUGGACGCCCUGGAGCAGCAGCCCGACCCCGACGGCGGGGACGCCCCAGGCCACGAGCCCGGGGGCAGCCCCCAAGACGAGUUCGACUUCUCCAUCCUUUUCGACUAUGACUAUAUGAAUCCUGGCGAAGAAGAGCCGAAUGCACAUAAGGUCGUCAGCCCACCCUCUGGACUUCCGUACCCCGAUGAUGUCCCGGACUAUGGCCUCAAGCCAUACAGCCCCCUCCCCAGUCUCUCUGGCGAGCCCCCGGGCCGAUUCGGAGAGCCGGAUCGGGUAGGGCCCCAGAACUUUCUGAGUCCGGCCAAGCCAAUGGGGGCCUCGGGCCUGAGCCCUCGGAUCGAGAUCACUCCAUCCCACGAACUGAUACAGGCAGGGGGCCCCCUCCGCAUGAGAGACACUGGCCUUCUGGUAGAGCAGCUGCCCGCGUCGGGGGUGGCUGCUGGCCCGAGGUUCACCCUGCCCGUGCCUGGCUUCGAGGGCUACCGCGAGCCGCUUUGCUUGAGCCCCGCUAGCAGCGGCUCCUCUGCCAGCUUCAUUUCCGACACCUUCUCCCCCUACACCUCGCCCUGCGUCUCGCCCAAUGACGGCGGGCCCGACGACCUGUGUCCCCAGUUUCAAAACAUCCCUGCUCAUUAUUCCCCCAGAACCUCGCCAAUAAUGUCACCUCGAAGCAGCCUCGCCGAGGACACCCGUCUGGGCCGCCACUCGCCCGUGCCCCGUCCAGCGUCCCGCUCCUCGUCGCCUGGUGCCAAGCGGAGGCAUUCGUGCGCCGCCGAGGCCUUGGUUACCCCACUGCCCGGAGCCUCACCCCAGCGCUCCCGGAGCCCCUCGCCCCAGCCCUCGCCUCUCGUGGUCCCCCGGGACGACGGUGCCUUGGCCGGGUACCCACCCACGGCGGGCUCUGCCAUCCUCAUGGAUGCCCUCAACAGCCUCGCCCCGGACUCACCUUGCGGGGUCCCCCCCAAGAUGUGGAAGACCAGCCCGGACCCAUCACCUGUGUCCGCUGCCCCAUCCAAGUCCGGCCUGCCCCGCCACCUUUACCCAGCUGUGGAGUUCCUGGGGCCCUGCGAACAGGAGGAGAGGAGAAACUCGGCCCCCGAGUCCAUCUUGCUAGUGCCACCUGCUUGGCCCAAGCAGCUGGUGCCUGCCAUUCCCAUCUGCAGCAUCCCAGUGACUGCAUCCCUCCCUCCUCUUGAGUGGCCACUGUCCAGCCAGUCGGGCUCCUAUGAGCUGCGGAUCGAGGUGCAGCCCAAGCCACACCACCGGGCCCACUAUGAGACAGAAGGUAGCCGAGGUGCCGUCAAAGCUCCAACCGGUGGCCACCCUGUGGUCCAGCUCCACGGCUACAUGGAAAACAAGCCUCUGGGACUUCAGAUCUUCAUUGGGACGGCUGAUGAGCGGAUCCUCAAGCCCCAUGCCUUCUACCAGGUUCACCGGAUCACGGGCAAAACUGUCACCACCACCAGCUAUGAGAAGAUCGUGGGCAACACCAAAGUCCUGGAGAUUCCUCUGGAGCCAAAAAACAACAUGAGGGCAACCAUCGACUGUGCAGGGAUCCUGAAGCUCCGAAACGCCGACAUCGAGCUGCGGAAAGGCGAGACCGACAUCGGAAGAAAGAACACUCGGGUGCGGCUGGUUUUCCGGGUGCAUAUUCCGGAGUCCAGCGGAAGGAUCGUCUCUUUGCAAACCGCCUCCAACCCCAUCGAAUGCUCCCAGCGAUCUGCCCACGAGCUGCCCAUGGUCGAGAGACAAGACAUCGACAGCUGCCUGGUCUACGGGGGCCAGCAGAUGAUCCUCACGGGGCAGAACUUCACGGCCGAGUCCAAAGUUGUGUUCACCGAGAAGACCACAGAUGGGCAGCAGAUUUGGGAGAUGGAAGCCACAGUGGAUAAAGACAAGAGUCAGCCUAACAUGCUGUUUGUCGAGAUCCCUGAAUAUCGAAACAAGCACAUCCGUGCGUCUGUGAAGGUGAACUUCUAUGUCAUCAAUGGGAAAAGGAAACGAAGCCAGCCUCAGCACUUUACCUACCACCCAGUCCCAGCCAUCAAGACAGAGCCCACCGAUGAGUAUGACCCCUCCUUGAUCUGCAGCCCCACCCACGGAGGCCUGGGGAGCCAGCCUUACUACCCACAGCACCCAAUGGUGGCUGAGGCCCCCUCUUGCCUUGUGCCCACCAUGGCUCCCUGCCAGCAGUUCCGUUCAGGGCUCUCAUCCCCCGACGCCCGCUACCAACAGCAGAACCCAGCGGCCGUCCUCUACCAGCGGAGCAAGAGCCUGAGCCCCAGCCUCCUGGGUUACCAGCAGCCGGCCCUCAUGGCUGCCCCCCUGGCCCUCGCGGAUGCCCACCGCUCCGUGCUGGUGCACGCCGGCGCCCAGGGCCAGGGCUCAGCCCUGCUCCACCCCUCUCCAGCCAACCAGCAGGCCUCGCCGGUCAUCCACUACUCGCCCACCAACCAGCAGCUGCGCUGCGGGAGUCACCAGGAGUUCCAGCACAUCAUGUGCUGCGAGAAUUUCGCACCCGGCUCUGCCAGGCCCGGCCAGCCUCCGGUCAGCCAAGGUCAGAGGUUAAGCCCGAGUUCUUACCCCACGGUCAUUCAGCAGCAGAAUGCCACAAGCCAAAGAGUCGCCAAAAACGGACCCCCAGUCAGUGACCAAAAGGAAGUAUUACCCACAGGAGUGACAAUUAAACAGGAGCAGAAUCUGGACCAGACCUACUUGGAUGAUGAGCUGAUAGACACACACCUUAGCUGGAUACAAAACAUAUUAUGAAACAGAAUGACUGUGAUCUUUGAUCCAAGAAAUCAAAGUGAAAGUCAAUGAAAUUAUCAGGAAGGAGUUUUCAGGACCUCCUGCCAGAAAUCAGACGUAGAAGAAGCCAUUAGCAAGACACCUUCCGUACCUGACCCCUGGAGCCUUCCACUGCCCCCCACCUUCUGUUUCCUUUACUGUACAUCUCCUGACUCGGAGCCCACACGUGGAACAAUGUGUUGGCGCAAAGCGGACUCGAUUAAGGAGCUCGCCACCUCUCUCUGUAAACACCAGAGAGCACACUCUUCCUUUUUAUUUUUGUCUUAAACCCCAAAGAGCAUCCCAGUUGACCUUAAUGGUGUUCCAUCCAGUCAUUAAGUGCCUGCUGACUGAAAACCCAUUCCAAACAAGACAGCCACUACUCACCCGAAAACCGAGUGACUGGAGCGUGGUGGGUAGGGCUGGGUGGGGAUGCAGGAUGUGGGUGCUGUGAUUAAACCCCACCCCUUGCACUCGUUUUUCCAGGUCCCAGAUACAGCUUCUGUACCUUUUGAAGGAAGGGAGUUCUCAAACCAAGCAACCAAAGCAACGUGGCCCCCAAGUCUGGCUUAUGGGCCGAAGAACCCCCAAUCACUCUCAGUAAAAAGAGAAGCUGGGCCAUCAUCCUUAGGGAGGCUUGUUCCCUGCCACCACUGGGCCACAGCUAAAGCUUUAGUUUUGAAUUCUCUCAUUCCCAAACAAAGCUAUCCAGCCAACGUGAUAUCACCUGUUAAAACUUCUCGGCAUUAAGUUAUGACACCUGUACAUGUGUUAUAUUUCUUUUCUUUCUUUUUUUUUUCUCCUGCUUCAAAAAGCUGGCAAAGACCGCUAGCUGUCUAGUCGUCCCGGCCAGCUGCUUUCACCCCCGCAACACGUGGUCAGUGCUAACGCAGUUUCCAGGGACUGGAGAAGUUAACCAAGGCUACAGCUAGCAAGCGCCAUCAGCUGCAAAUCUACAACCUAAUGGCUUUCCAAGCCCCACCCCCUCUCGCUUUCUUCCUAAAAGUGAGAGCGCUUCUCCAUAAAAUAGAAGAAUCUUAAGCAUGUGCAAUGAAUUUUGAGGAGGACUGGCAGAUGGACUAAAACAACCAAAAAAAAUAAGUGCAGAUAUUUUUUAAGUAAAAUGGUCAGUAAAUGAGGCAAUUGGCAGGCCCGAGUACUUGUCUAAGUGGGUUCCACCAAGAGAGCACAAAUAGGCUGAAUUCCUUCUCUGCCCUACACUCAAGAAGUGGGACAGCAAAGCUCAGGCUUUGGCCCCAAGUUCAUUGGUUAUUUGGACCUGAACCCAUUUUAAUCUGCUCUCAGAGUGCUGGCCGGAAGACCCGUCUGUGUGAGCUGCCUCAGCACACGCACAUGCUGCCAGACGCAGAUCCGCUCACACUCCUGUCCUUCGUUUGAAUCAGCUCUGCUCAGACAAGUCGUACAUUGUGUGUGUGUUUUACCCCCCAAUUGUUUCUCUCCACAGAGCGUGCAGUGGCAGUGGUGUCCACCAAGUCUUCCUCUAUUAGUGCUAUUUUUGCAAACAGUUCUUGUCGGGUGGGUUUUUAUCUCACAGAUGCUCUGCUGUUUGCAUUUAUUGCUGACAUCCCAGGAUAAGCUUGGGGUUCAUCUCCAGUCAUCCCACCAUUUCCCCAGCAAUCAAUCACAAAGUGUGAGAUAUCCCUAGCACUCUUCAAAAGACGGUGCACAGAGUGAUUUCUCUCUUGGGGCUCUUAAGGAGAGAAUCAUGGAGGUUAAACACUGAGGGUUCUCUAAUUCCUGGCUAGUGAGUUAAGUUAUCCCAAAUCAAAACCUUCUUGAGCGCUAGGCCAGGAGCUUAGAACUAGUAACCACAGCCUGGUGGGUUUAGCGCUCCAAAUAGAGGAGAGAAUGCACCCACUUGUCUGUAACCUUUUGCUCAAUAUCUGGCAUAUGUCUUCCCCAACAACAGGGGACCUCUCCUCCAGCCACCCCAAGCACAGUUAAUAAAAAUCCCCUUUUCAACAAGUAGAAUGCCAAGAAGUUGUUGACCGCUACUGAAGAGCUACUGGGAUGCUCAACUCUUCCUAAUGAACAAAGAAUGUUCCUUAUACAACAAGCAGCUUUACCUAAACAAUUUUCUCUCCAGCCAUUCUGACUUCACUGGGGAAGAAUUAAGAGUGUUUGGUGAGUGAUUUGUUCUCACUCGACAUGGCCAGGAGCCAUAUUUGCACAUGAGGGAAUUUGGCCUUUCCUCAGUUAUCUGAAUGUUUUACCCAAGUGCCUUCCUGCUAUUGUAGCAAAGUAGCUCAGCUUCAUUGUCUACGGGGUGAAAAAGGACUAAUGCAUUUUCCAUCAGUCUUCUAACCAUGUUAGUUAAAAGGGCCUCCUGGUGGCUCAAACUUCUGUACAUAUAUAUGUACGUGUCUGUAUGAUACAUACACAAGUCCUCUUUCUCUAAGACUUCUUAGCUGGAUAUUAUAGGAAGCACUUUCAUAAACAACUGUACAACUGUACCAAAUAGCAAAGGAAAGAAAUACAAGCAUUAGUCUUGAGUCAUAAACAGGCAAGAGAAAGUGUAUUAGGAAUCGACAGCUAUCAGGAAAGGUUUGUCAGUUACAAAUGUGCCAGGAGGAAAUUUUGCCACGAGUUAAUAGCUCAUACUUUCAGGAUGGGAAGAGGCAAUAUAGAUCCUCUAAGAGAACGAGCAAGUAAGGGUGUCCAAAUGGUGAAGAUGGUUGUGUUGCACGUGUUUUAGAAGGAUCUCAGUUAAGAAAAGAUUUGCACUUGCUGCAUCGGCGUUAAUGUAAAUAGGUAGCACGUCCGGCAGAAAUUACCAUGUUGCUGAAUGUAGUGUAUUUCCAAAGUUUGCAAGUCUUCCUGUAAUUGUACAAAAAUACUGCUGCUUGAUAAUAUAUAAUAGCAACCCAAAUUAAUUAGUAUGUUAUUAAAUUUUAUUUUCUUAUCUGUAUUUUAUGCUUUUUAACCUGUCCUCAAAAUAUUGCACCCGUUGGAAUUAGAAGAUAUUUAUAAAUGGCCAGAAAUUGUUUUUCAAGUGUUCUUUUUUUACAUACAUGUUGAUGGUUUUUCACUGAUGUAUUCUUGAAAAUUUGUUAAUCAUUCCCCAACCCAUCCCCAGAAAAAAACAACUCAGAGCCUGGUUGUCAGUCAUCUGUCUCCUAGAAGAAAGCACUUCAGGAGAAAGGAGGAGGAUGCUUUGCUGGAGAAGGAAUGAAGCCGAUUUCCUUCAAUGCUGAGCCUGCAUCUCGUCACUUGAGGAGAACUGUGUUGUACAGUGUCUAUAUCUCCAAAAUAAGUGAUCUAGAAGAUGAUUUUGAUUUUUUUGAAAACUGUUUAUUGUAAUGGGAUUCAAAAAGAAUUUAAGUUCAAAGAAUCCUAAAUGUCUAAAGAGCCGACCAAAUCCAAAUCCUGGUAGAUAAUCAUCAGAUGCAUUAUCCAAAGGAUGGAAUCAGCAUAGACAGAGGCUAGGAUUAAUUGAGUGGCUUCCUUCUAUGAAUUGAGAAGUACUGAUGGAGCAUUUCUUGUUUACAUCCAGUGGCCAAGAAAUCCAUCUUAGCAAACCAGCUGUGGCCAGCACGGGAGCUGUCAUAUUUAGACAGAUCAGAAGCUGAUAUGUUCUAAUUGUUACUCUGGACUUCAAGUAAGGCUGAGUUUUUGACAUGAAAACACAUACACACACACACACACACACACACACACACUUUCUAAGAACUUUCUAUUGUUUCAAAUUGAAAACAUGUCGGGGUCCAGUUAACAACCUUGUUCAUUUCCAGUUUACAAGAGGCACGUGGCUUUUGAAGUUCUUAACAAGCUGGGGUAACAAUCCUCAAACUCAUUUUCUGGAGAUACAGCCCUUUAACACCAGCAUUCUAAGCUCAGGUCUCCUAGACUUGGGAGUUUGAGCACCGAGUCUCAUGGAACCAAACCAGCUAAUUGAACUACAAGUGUUUUCCUGCAUUCAAACUAGAUGCUAAAAAAAAAAAAAAAAAAAAAGAACCACAUAAAACUGUGAUCAGAAUCAUCAAUUUCCCCC